ACCAAAAUUCUUUUAUGGCAAGAGCAAGCGAGUUAGCUAAUGUCGUAGAUGGCGGGAGUGAUCUCGUGUGAUAUAACUGUGUUAGCUUAGUUUUUAAAUUUUUAGUGUAAAAAUAGUUAUUAAAAUGACUAGAGCUAAAAUAGAACUUGGCGACGUGACACCACACAAUAUCAAGCAACUAAAGAAGCUGAACACAGUCGUAUUUCCAGUAUCCUACAAUGACAAAUUCUACAAAGAUGUCUUAGAGGCCGGAGAGUUGGCGAAGCUAGCUUAUUACAAUGAUAUCGUAGUGGGAGCCGUCUGUUGUAGGAUAGACACUACGGAAAACUCCAGGAGAUUGUACAUAAUGACCCUGGGUUGUUUAUAUCCAUACAGAAGACUAGGCAUAGGUACCUUGAUGGUGGAACAUGUGCUCAAAUAUGUUGAACAGGAUGGUAAUUUCGAUAGCAUUUUCUUACAUGUUCAAGUAAAUAAUGAAGGGGCUAUUGACUUCUAUAAAAAGUUUGGCUUUGAAAUUGUAGAAACGAAAGAGCAUUACUACAAAAGAAUAGAACCGGCAGAUGCCCAUGUGUUACAAAAAACAAUCAGAGAACCACAGACUACUCCACUAGUUAAUGGAUCUGUGCCCCAUGCCAAGACUAAUGGACUUGAAGUUGAUUGAAUACCUGAACAUUUUAUAUCCAAGUCCUACGCAGAUAUCAUGGUGAAAAAAAAAAGUGAUAAAACAUAAGUUAUAAGGAUUGUAUACAAGUCAAUGUUUAUCUCAAUUGAAUGGAAAUUAAGUUAUCUGUAAAGAACAGGUUAAUCAUAAGUUGUGGUUGUGGACAUGAUGCCAGAGUUCAUGGACUGAAAUCUCAUCAACUUCAAGACCAGCUUUGUAUAAAUAUGUGCUCACGUUGAUGUAUGAACUGUUUAGAUGGAAUUUUUAAAGACAUGCUUUGUAUGGCAUAAUAAUCUAGUAAUAUCUUUAACUCUCAGAAUUUUUAGUAACAUAGAAUUUGUAAUAAUUAGGAUUUGGAUAAAUUUAAAAUACCAAGAAUAUUUAGUUCUAGACAUUUUUUUAACUACAUUUAAUUUGUGGCAGAACAAAAUUUACAGUACAUGUUUAUUGAUAUAAGUACAUAUAAAUACAUGAGCCCUUAUGUAUUACAUAACAAUUGUAAAGAGGGAAAGAUGUAGCUUCAGAAUACUAAUACAGUUACAUAAAUUACAAUUUAAUUCUGAAUUAUUCGUACGAAAUAUUUGAUUAGUAAUAUUGUAUUUCCGCUGAACAAUCUACACAAAAUCAAUGUUUUUUUUCACAUAAUAAUAUGCUUUUAUCCAUUUUUACACAAAAAUGCCAUAUUUAAUCUAAGGGUUGCAUGUAUUUCUUUAUGUAAAAAAAAUCCGGUCUAAAUAUGAGUCACCUCGCAUUUAAUUGGUUUUCUAUUUUUAGUGGUUAUUGUAAACUGAUCAAGUACCUAAUGACUUGUUUUUAUUUUAAAACAUUUGACUUGUUGUCUUCUGAAUACAGUUUAUAUUAAGAUUUUUAUUUUUUUUAUUUAUGUGGUGAAUACAAGAAAAAAUUAUAAAUUUAUAUAAAAAACAACCUAUUUUGUUAAAUGUCAAAAUGACGCUAUGUUUUCUGUACGCAUUAUAUGUGGCAACACUGGACAUUGUUACCAAAAAGUCAAUUUUUCAAAUCUGUAACAAAAACUUUGUUGAAUAACAUGUUUUCAUACAACUUCUAGGAUUAGUACAAUAAACAUGGAUAACAUUUCUCAUA